GCACAAGGAUGGUGAGUAACCUCUCGCUGCGUUUUUAUUGUUUGCUGGUAAACAUUUAGAGCUAGUGCUAGUGGUGUAAUUAAUUGAUAGAUUGACAUUUCAUACAUUUCUGGAACGAAGUUGUAGAUGGAACAAUAGCUGUUGAGCCAUUUCCGAUGCGGGCAAUGAAAAGUGCGGGAUUAGUAAUAAUUGUGUUCCAUGCCUGUGCCGGCUACUCCCGACACUGCUUCGGGCAAUGAGAUUAGCGGUCCGCCCACUGCUUGAUCCGGCGAACGUUUGCCACCCCAGGAAUGGAAUCGUUGCUUCUUGCCCAGAACAACCGAAUUGCGUUUGUCGUCCCGCUGGAGCUUGAAACGACAGCGCUCUAUGACCGCAUCUCGUAUGAUGGUCGCGAACUCAACGUCAUUGAACUGUGCCAUUAGCAGCUUGAAGAAGGCCCAGAUCUCACCGCGCUGGGAUGUUGGUGGUGGAGCAUAUUGAUGGAACAGCCAGGUCUCGGAUAGUGGGGCAUCCUCUGGUGGUACGGUACGAGCGUUGUACGCGUCACACACAUCCUCAAAGCUGAGUAUGGCCUGGAGAAUGAACUUGCGAUACUUGGCCAACUGCAGCUCGCAGGUGUUCAGCUCCAGAUCCACAGACGUGUGCGCGGGCAGAGCAUAUAGCUGCCUACAAAUGGCCAGCAGCAACAGCAAGCGCCAAGUGGGCAGCAUCCUCGUUGAUGCAGUUGAUAAAUUUCGAUUUUGUGGCGAUGGCGAUUGUCCUGAUUGGGUUUUAGCUGAAAUCAUAUCCACUCUCUCGAACUUGAGCGUCGACAACUUGGAGCAACUGGCCCAGAUAGUGGCCAAGCGCAUCAGCGGCGCACAGUUUGAAGAAGCUGUUGUUAGAUCUCUCACUUCGUCUGUUACAAAUGAUGGCAAAACGGCCGUUGCCUGCGUUCACUAUAUGCUCACGAAUGCGGCUCGGUAUAGCUGCUCCGAGACAAUCUUUGGCGAGGAAAUUCAACAGCUUGGCUUGCCCAAGGAUCAUGCGGCGGCCAUGUGCCGAGUCCUGCAAGCGCAUGCCACGGUCAUAAGACAAAAACUUAUAGAUAAGGCAUUUAGAAGUAGCCUAUUCCCCAUAUCACAUGAUAUCCAUUUGAAAUUAACUAUCCUUCGACUUUCAGUUAAUGAGCUGCAAAGCAUACGAAAUGUUACCUCGCCUGGGGAAACGCCCCCAAACUGUGCCACCUUGGAACUUAAAAUCUCGCAAGAAUUAGUCGACGGACUACCUAAAGAUACCACGCAUAUAGUUAAUAUUGAAUGUGCCCAGCUGGGAGCACUGCUCGAUGAAAUGAAGCUGGCCCGUGAUAUUAUGCUCAAAUAUGAGAAUAAAGAGAAUACGUAGAAUA